AGUUUCUAACGACGUGUAUGUGCACCAGUACGGCAUUACGCCUCGCACAUGAUAAGCUCCCGUGGAGAAAACUUGUCGUGCUACAGACGCUACAGUGCUGUUUUAUAUUUAUAUAAGUAAUUUUACUCCAGAAAUAUAAUUGAGAGUAUCAAAUAUGAAUCAGGAAUGGAUUAUUGUUUAUCUACUACUAGUAACAUGUGCACAUCUAUCGCAUCAGAAAUCAACACCAGAGUCAUCAACUUAUACAGCAGCUGUAGUAGAGUAUCCCCCAAUAUAUUCAACGAACAGUAGUGAAACUUUGAGAAUAAAUUCUAACGCAUAUGUUGAACUUAUUAAAAACGCUAGUCUGCAUAAUACUGAUAUAAUCGUUUUUCCUGAAGAUGGUUUGACUACAGUUCAAAUGCCGGAAAGAGAAAAAAUGGGAGAAUGGACAACUAUUAUUCCUAGUGCCUCAGCUAAUUAUAUACCUUGCAGUCAAAAUACUAUUGAAGUCAGCGAAACAUUGAAAAAAAUAUCAUGUGCUGCAAGGGACAAUAACAUCUAUGUAGUAAUCAAUAUUGCUGAGAAAGCACCUUGCUAUGAUGUACCUUGCCCAAGAGAUAAAGUGUUUUAUUACAAUAGCAAUGUUGUAUUUGAUCGCACAGGAAGAAUUAUUGCCAGGUAUCGUAAAACGAAUCUUUUUAAAGAAUACCAAUUUAAUGUGACAACAAUACCAGAAGUAGUAACUUUUAAUACUGAUUUUGGAGUGAAAUUUGGAACUUUUAUAUGCUUUGAUAUAUUAUUUCACGAACCUGCGUUAGAAUUAACAAGAGAUCAUCAAGUUACUGAUUUUGUAUAUCCUACAGCAUGGUUUUCUGAAGCACCAUUCUUAACAGCUGUGCAAACACAAAUGGGAUGGUCAUUUGCUGAAAAUGUAAAUCUUUUGGCUUCGGGCUAUAACAGACCCGGCUCUGGCAACGCUGGCAGUGGAAUUUAUUUAGGUCGUAAAGGAGUUGGAAAGGCAAUAAUGCCUGAAACUACGCAUAAGGAACUAUUGAUACUUGAAAUAAGCAAAAUAAAAAAGGAAACUAAAUAUAAUAACUAUCAUUCAAUGGAUUCUGCAACGAAUCAAAAGAAAAUUAUACCGUUUCAUCAUGGGACAACUCAGCAUAUACUUUUAAAACGCGAUUCUAUUGAAGCCUUUCAAACAGUUUCUUUGAAAGGCAAUGCUAUAGAAACUGUCUGCCAAAAUGGCUUCUGCUGCGACUUUAAAGUAGAAAUUGCAAAAGUAGAUCCAAAUACAAAAUACCGUUUAGUGACUUUUAACGGAGAUCGGUUUUAUGGUGAUGUUAAAGCUGGUAUACGUACAUGCGGUAUAGUUCAAUGUUUGAACGACUCGGUUUCAUCAUGCGGUUCCGUAAAAGAAUCAGAAACGUUAUUCAGCAAUAUUGAGAUCACGGCAACAUUCCACAAUUAUAAAAACAAUUUAAUUAUGCCGUCUACUUUAAAUCCAGAUUUACUUCCGCUUGAAGAUUGGACAUUUCUUGAUCACGUUCACAACGAUCAUAUACACGUUAACAUGUUUUCAAAUAUAAAAACAAACAAUUUAGUAACAUUUGGAAUAUAUUCGAGGAACUUUAAUAAGAACAACGCAAAUAGAACAUUUUAUACCGUUAAUUAUUUCGUAAUAUUAUUAAUAACGUUAUUGUUAUCAAAAUUAUAAAUUAUA